AUGGAAUCCCAUUCAGUUGAUAUCGAUCUCACCGCUCACUUAAAGAUUCUGUACGCUGCUUACCGACAUACUAACGAUAUCGACGCCAAGGGGACCUUUUUCUCGCCAUUCUGCUAUCAAAUCUGCCGUCCGCAACCAUCAUUCGCGGCGCGUGACAGGGAGACGAUUAUUCGAUAUUUACACGAGACAGCGCCGAAGAGAGACUCCACCAGGCAGAAGACGAAAGGUUAUUACACUAUUCGGCCCCUUGUAGAGACUGAGUUCGAGUUCGGCACCGAUGAGCAGGUCGCUCCAGCAGGGUUUCCCUCGGCCGAAAGUAUAAAAGAGAAAGCGAGAGCAGAAGGUUGGGUUGGGAUGAGGGUGGAUUUGUGGAACGAGUCGGCAGGUCUUGAAGAAGAAGAAGAUAAUUCAUUGAUGGUAAAGGUACAAUACUGGUGGAGGAAGGAAGGAGAGCUUUGGCUUCAAAUCUUUCACGACAUCAUGUACAUGGAUGCCAAGGAUGGGACGCAAGGACUCGAGGGUAAUGUACUAGAAUAG